UCUGGAUCUGUGGUUGUGGGCCACCUGCUGCCCCCGUGUUCCUGCUCGACAACUGAUACUACAGUUGUUGUUAUUGGCUGUGUUACUAAUACUGUCGUUAUCAUUCCUAUAGCUGUCAUUCGCUGAAUAGCGUUUUAGUGUUCAGAGCAUUGGGUUGUCUCCCCUUGUUUUAUUUUACUUACAAACUUACACCCACAAAACAAAUUCCAAUUAAACCCCUGACUACAGGUAAGAGGUAAAAUAUGUAUUUUUGAUUUUGGGUUGAACUGUCCCUUUAAGUGUUUGGUUUCCGUGUUUAAGAAACUCCAGCUUUACUCUAAUGCUGUCAGUCAGCUAUGUAUGUAUAUAUAUAGCCAGCCAAUGCUUACUGCUUGCAACCUGUAUCUCCUAACCACUUGUGGGAGAAGUAUUCAGAUCAUUUACUUGAGUACAAAUAGCAACACCACACUAUAAAAAUACUAGAUUACAAGUAAAAGUUCUGUAUUUUAUUAUAUACUUUAAAUACUUAAAAGUAUUAUCAUUAGCAAAAGUUACUUAAAAUAUCAAAAGUAAAAGUACUCACUAUGCAGCAGAAUGGCCCUCGUCAGUGUAUAUUAUAGUAUUGGAUUAUUAUUACUGAUUCAUUAACAUAUAAACAGCAUUGUUGCAGUUAGUUGAGAUUGAUUUAAUUUUAACUUUUAUAUCCUGUUAGAUAGUUUAAUCAAUAACAAUGAUUCACAUUUUAUAAGAUAUGUUUUGUCUGCAUAGUGACUCAGAGUCUAAAUACAUACAUUAAAAUAAAAACAUUGCCACUUUUGAUACUAUUGAGAUUAGAUGCCUGGUGGCCAGAUUACAGAUUUGUCUUUUUCUUUUCUGCAGCCUGAAGAUAGUUUCUAAACAUAUUUAAUGCAAACACCAUGUGUUAAAAUAUGAAUUGAAGUGUUAAUAUCGCUAUAGAAUUCCAACAAUUUUCUGUCACAUUCUUUAGCGUGGGAGUCGAAAUAGAUUUCCCCCAAGCAGCAGGCGUGGCCAUCCUCAUCUUUGGUACAGCCAGUGUCAUAUUACCAGUUAUAAAGCGCAGAGCUAUCAGUGUAACCUGGACUAACACACAGGUGCUGUGACUCACUGAACACUAGCUCAGCCUUGAAGGAGAGCGGCUCAAGCUUUGCCCAGCCACAGGAAUUGGUAGUUGUACAAGAUGAGAGGGCGGUACAAACGAAGGGAUCCGAGAGAAAGAAAUAAUGAAACAACCGGCAGCGGGGCUGGGUUCUCUCCUAUGCCAGGGCAAACAGAGACAGGCUUGGCUGAGCCACACACACCUGUUCCCGGUUUUGUUUUCCAGGAUGUGGGCGGUAGUACAAAAGUGGGAUCCCGCCAUAAAGGUUCAUCAUCCAUUGUGUCUUCACCAGGUGCAAGAUGUCCCAUUUAUGAUGGUGACAAGGUCUACCUUGGAGUGCGUGUCAAAAUGCCAGUAAGGGAUCUUCUGAGAAACAUCCGCCUAGCCCAAGGCUGGGAACCUCAAGAUUUUCAGGGGCUAUACAGCAAAACAGCCAAAGGAGUCAAGGAACGAGUCAAAACUCGCACAGGACGCCUAACUACCAAGAGAAAAUGCUCUACAAAAAGCCUGGAGGAGCUGGCAAUCAUCGUCGAGGUGCUGGAGGAGGAUCUCAGGACCGGUAACACCUACAGCUCCCCUCCCCAGUCUUGUUCUCCAACUGGUGCAGGGUACAACAGUGACGAUUCUGAUGAAAUGAUCCCCAGCCCCCAGUCCUACAUGACCUACACACCAGGCACAGCAGAGUACCACCAGGCCCUGUCCCCUCCUGGCUCCAUGAAAACCAGCACGCAAACCAGCCUCCAGCCUUCCAGCAUCGGAAACAUUGGAGGAGACGGUGGAAGAGGGGAGGAGUGGUUUGAUCCCCAGGACCAUGACUGGAACCUGAACAGCUCUUUCUUCUGGACACAGCUGCAGAAAGAGGAGAGCCAGCUGAAUGAAAUCUCUGACCCCGUACUGCUGGCCCCUGAUGGACAUGGCAGGACAGCUCUCCAUACAGUGGCGUGUGUUGGGAAGAGGGCACUGGGCUACGCCAUCGCCAAAAGGAUGGCCGCACUCAACAGCCUGGACCUCAAAGACUCUGAUGGAAUGACCGCCCUCCUCCAUGCAGCAAAGCACAACCACCACCUGAUGGUAGCAGAUCUGAUCGGUUUGGGGGCCAACGUCAAUGAGACGAACAACUCAGGAAAGUCCUGCCUCCACCUCAGUGCUGAGAAAGGCUACAUCAGAGUCCUGGAGGUUCUAAAACACUCAAUGAUGGAUGGUGUGUACGUUGACGUUGAAGCCGCUGAUAACUCUGGAAUGAGUGUCCUCCAGUGUGCUUCAGUGGCUCUGAAAGCCACAGUACGUGAGCUCGAAAGCAUUAAAUCCCCCAGUCACACCAGACUCAACACACUCCGCCAAGAGCAGUUGAUGGAGACCCUGGAGUGUCUGCUGCAGAUGGGCAGCUAUCUGCAUACCAUGGGGAGCCGGAGUAUGCAACCUAGAAUUGCUUGAUUACUCGGCACAUCUGCCCGGCAGGACAUUUUGGAGACCCGACGGUACUGUUCUGAGUUGGUUCAGGCUUGAGUUUGUCAUGGAGAGUGGGGUUCUUUGCUCUCUAAGCACGAGUUCAGGCCUGUUAUGUAAAGCAUCUGAAGGUUUUGUGUGUGGUAAAAAUGCCACUGAUUUGCAAUCAGGCAUUUAUUGUAACCUGCACAGAAAUGUUAGGUGCCCAUUACUUGGUUUCUGUGAAACUUCCAUUGUUUGUUACAUUAGAGUAACAAGUUGUCCUCAGUUAGUGUGUCUGUGGAGAUCCAAAUGUAAAAUAGUUUUUAAAUAUGAUAGCAUAACUACAAACUAUAGGCUUUUUCAUGCCAGUUUAAGAGGGUCCAGUAGUAUUUUGAAAGCCUGACCCCCAAAUACAAACCUUUCCAGCAGGGAGGGAAAGUGACCUUAAACAUACUGCAAGCUUUUAGGUUACGCAUAUUGUAAUAUUAAGGCAGCAGUGCCACAGUUUGUAGUUCAUUGCUGAAUAUAUUCCGAAAUGUCUGAUUCCAAUAACUGGGUCGAUUUUAAAAUUACAUUUUUCAAGAACCGGUCAAUAAAUACAUGAAGAAAGAUUAUUCUCUUGCAAGAACGGGACAUUUUCCCUCCCCACUGGGCUCCAGCUCGAUUUGUAGCCAAAGAGAUUUAGAGCCGUAUAAUUUAUAAAUCAGAUCUUUUAAAGGACUUUCAUACUAGAGGACAUUACAAGUUUUAGUAAGCAUUGUAUGGUGUUGGGGAGUAAAUACAGUUUAAUUUGAUUGCCUUCACAUGUAAAAACACAGUUUUCAGCCUGUCAUGUGAAGGAGUUUUGGUUCUGUUUAUGCAUUACUUCUUAGCAUAUUGUCACGUUUUUGGACUUGUCUACAAAUGUAAACUGGACUUUGUCAAAUAUAAUUUACUGUUUUCAUGAAUUAUUAUGCUUAAAGGAAUACUUGGGCAUUUUGGUAAAUGCACUUAUAAUGGGAGUUAGAGGAGUUCAGUUUAAUCUCUUUGUGUUCUAUAGAGAAGCAUUCAAAAUGUGUUUAGCCUAGCUACCUUGUGUCAAUGACUGGAAGCAGGGGAAAGAGCAAGGCUAGCAAGGUCAAAGAUGCCUUCCAGCACAUCCCAAGAAGCCCAAAGUACAGAUUGUAUCAUCUGUAUGUAAUACAUGCAGAAGUAGAAAGUGAAACAUUGUGGUCUGGCAAGCAGUUGGCUUGCACAUUGAAGCUAUUGACUAACAAAUGCUAGUUGCAGUGACGCAGCAUUUCAACGCCUUGUUUUCAUAGUGAAGUUGUCAGCUUUGGACACUUUCCUUUCUCUGAACAAAACCCAGGUAAUUCUUGGCUGUAGGCCUACUGGCGGUUAGCAUGCUGGCUAACAACAUACAACAUAUAAACAAGACAAUUUUGUUGGAAGGAAUAUUUUUCCUCUUAGCUAGGUCUUUACCCUGCAUUCGGUCUUUGUGCUAAGCUAGGCUAAACACGUCCUAGACCAUCUUUCAAGAGAUAAAAGUAUAAAUAUAUAUUAUAAAGUAUUGGAACACUGCUGUAGUCCAUGUAAAGGUUCUUGUUUUUAAAAAUAGUAGUUGUAUAUUACUUUCUGACAUUUAUCUGGUGUUCUUGAGAGCUGUGACACUUGAUUGUGCCUCAGAUUGGUUAAAGCCAUAUGAUCCAUGCAGUCACUAAUUUAUUUUAAGGGGUUAUUUUAAGUGAGUAUCACGAGUAUCAUUUUCUGUUAAAUGUUGCUCAGACAAAGAUGCUAGUAUAAGGUUUAAGAAGUUAUGUGAUGACCUUUCUUUAUAGUUUUGUAAUGUGGCGGUCACAACAGUCAUGAGUAUAACAUCACAUUAAUGUAGCCGCAAGUGGCAACAUGGGGGAUUUAUACAACGGGAGCAUUUUUUACUAUUGAUAAAGAUGUGAGUAAUUUGAAGUGAUAGAUGGUCACUAAGUGGUAGACCAUAGCUAGUAUGAAAUGUAUUGACUUGGAACAAAACCAUAGUCAUGUAUAGCAAUUUACUGGCAGCAACUGGUUUAAAUGUAUAUUGUUAAUCAACAGGACAGGUUUUAUUUACUGAUAGUCAUUAAAUAGUAAGAGCAGCUUACUAAAAAGUAAUCAAGAACUUAUUCACUCAUGAACGAAUGACAAUUGUGUUAGUUUACAGUAUCUUACAAAUUCAUUUAUGCUAUCUUGCUACUUAGAAGGUUACAAAACUAUUUUGGGUUUUUUUUGUUUUGCAUUUUGUUUUAAUGUAUACAGAGGGUUGGGGAUUCUAGUUGCUGUUUGUAUUUUCUAUUUAGAAAGCUGAAAAGGGGAGAAAAGUGUGGGUUUACGGUAGAAAACCCGUCAGUCAUUGUAUGAGUCAGUUUUCAACUUUAAAGAUGUCACCAUUGUUACAUUCAGGUUGUAUUUGUCUUGCUUUAUAAAUCGUGAUGUUUGAUCAUGCAGAUUGUUAUAGCUCAGGCAGAGCUGCUCUUUGGACUGGAAUUAUGUCAUAGUCUCAACCAAAGCUUUUCUAAAUACAAAUAACUAAUGAAUGGCAAAUCAAGACAUUUGAUCACAUGAAUAAAAAAGAGCGCCAAUUACCAAGUUUUUCAAUUCAUGAUCAUGUUACUCAUGAUCUUUAAAGAUUAACGGGCUAGCCUACAGUAGCUGUAGGCUAAUAUGGGUCGCCUGAACUGCUUCAUAUUAAUCUCAAUCUCAAGUUUUUGCUCUACUCUUAAAUGAAAUUUCACACAGACAUGUGACUCCACAAACAUCCAUACACAGAGGGUGCAUCUAUUUGCAGCAGCUCAUUGCAGUGUGGUAAUACAGUAGUUGUCCAGCAGCUUAUUACGUUUUGAUCAAACAACAUGUAAAAACUGUAUUUUGUAAAUACACAAUGAUUCACAUUGGUGGUGGGUAUUAGUUCUCAUUAUCACAAGUCAUGCCUCUGUAUGCACAUUUUCAUCUUCAAGAGUUCAAUAAACUUCUGUGUUCAGUGAA